AUGGCCCAGCAGCAAGGCGAAAAAGACCAUUGGAGUGCUGGUGACUACCAGCACAGUGCCUCAUUCGUGCCAAAACUCGCUGGGAAAGUAGUCACGUGGCUCGACCUCCAAAAAGACGAUGUUCUCUUGGACGUGGGCUGCGGUGAUGGAAUUCUGGAUGUCGAGUUCUCCAAGAUUUUGGCUCAAGGAACCGGAUCCCUUUAUGGCAUUGACAGCUCAGAGGCGAUGAUCAAGGCUGCCAAGGAACUGUGCAAGGAUACUACAAACACUACCUUUGAAGUUCUUGAUGCUACGAAUAUACCUUCCAACCCGACUUUGCAGAAAGGUACCUUUACCAAGGCAUUUUCUAAUGCUGCUCUGCACUGGAUUCUGCGCAAGGAAGAGACCAGACAGUCAGUAUUUGAAGCAGUAGCUGCAUCUCUCAAGCCCGGCGGUACCUUUUCUCUUGAAAUGGGCGGCCUGGGCAAUGUAGCUGAAAUGCGCACUGCUCUCCUUAUGACCGUUAGCCGCCGCGUCGGCAUGAAGGCAGCACUUGCUGCCGACCCGUGGUUCUUCCCAGAAGAGAAAUGGAUCACGGGUGUGCUUGAAAAGGCUGGCUUCAGAGUGGACAAGGUCGAGCGGGAGUGGCGACCAACGCAAGCUGACAAGGGUGGAGUGGAGGGAUGGGUCAGGCUGUUCGGAAGUCAAAUAUUGCACGCUGUCGAGGAUGAGAAGGAGAGGGAAGAAGUUGUCAAGGAGAUUGCAGAGACGUUGAGGGAAGUUUGCAGAAAUCCCGAUGGGGGAGAGAUGAUCAGCUAUGUAAGGCUGAGAGCGCUUGCUACGAAGCUGUAG